AUGUAUCGUCAAAUACUAUACAUUAACAAGGACGAUGAUGAACAGAUUAGUGCGAUGCAACGACGACCUUGCAUCUUUUAUGAGAGAAUCAACUAUUGCGAAUUAUAUGACGAUCAUGAUAUCAUAAAUAGAUUUCGUAUUUCAAAAGCUACGUUUAGUAUUAUCUUGAGAUUGAUAGAAGAAGAAAUAUCUCCUCCCUCUCAAAGAAAUAGAGCAAUAUUGGCACUUUGUAAGCUGUACAUGAUACUGAGGUAUCUUGCUACAGGUUCAUUUUUGUUAGCUAUUUCUGACUUAGUUGGGGUUAUUGAAUCAUCAGCCAGUCGUUACAUUUACCAAACAUGUAGAGCCAUAGCAAAGCAAAAACAAAAUUUCAUGUCGUUUUCUAUGAAUGAUGUUGAUAUAAAAACGGUAGUCACUGGAUUUUACAGCCGAUGUAGAUUUCCCAGAGUAAUAGGAACUAUAGACUGUACCCAUAUAAAAAUUUAGUGUCCAGGUAUAAAUAAAAUUGAAUACUAUUGCCAUUAUGUUCUUUUUUAUACAACCAUGAUUCAUCGUAACUUUUCU